GCCACUUUUGAUCAGCAAAUCAUAGGGUGCCUUGCCUUCAAACUUUUUUAAUUCCUGUACAUUUAUGGCCACUCAAUAGGUCUCCAAGAGAGUUGGGAUCUUCAUUAAGCUCUUCUAUCUCCUCUCCUUUCAUUCUGCGUCUAUAUAUGUUAGAGAGAUCGUAAAAAUCAGGUAAAGAGAAGAAGGAAAUAUGAAGAUUGAUCAAGACGAGACAAUCACAGAGCCACUCUUGAUCAACGAACGAAAGGGUGGCUUCAAAACCUUGCCUUUCAUCAUAGUGAACGAGUCAUUUGAGCAGGUAGCGAGUUUCGGUCUGUUGCCAAACAUGGUUCUGUAUUUGACAAGGGAGUACCGAUUGGAAAAUAGCACAGCAGCCAACAUACUCUUCUUGUGGUCUGCUGCCACCAAUUUGAUGCCGAUCAUUGGGGCUUUUCUUGCCGAUUCUUAUGUGGGUCGGUACCCAAUGAUUGCCUUGGGAUCCAUUGCAAGCCUUUUGGGGAUGGCUCUUUUGUGGUCAACAGCCAUGAUUCCAGGAGCAAGGCCUCCUCCAUGCGAUCAAUUUAGUGACAGUUGUGAAUCUCCAACAUCGUCCCAACUUCUAUUCUUAUAUAUUUGUUUUGGAAUCAUGUCAGUAGGAUCCGGAGGUAUAAGGUCAUCUUCCUUGGCCUUUGGGGCAGAUCAGUUGGUGAAUAGAGAAGAAAUGAAAAGUUCGAGAACCCUGGAAAGCUACUUCAGCUGGUACUAUGUUAGUGUAUCAGCUUCUUUAAUUGUUGCACUCACUUGUAUUGUGUACAUUCAAGAAAACCUGGGGUGGAAGGUUGGUUUUGGAGUCCCUGUGGUGCUCAUGUUCUUCUCAGCUCUUUCUUUCUUUUCGGCUUCUUGCUGGUAUGUCAAGUCCAAAGACAAAGCAAGCUUGGUCACUGGGUUUGCUCAUGUUCUUGUAGCCUCUUAUAGGAAUAGGCAUAUCCAGCUAUCAGGUCUUGCGACUGAUGAAAUGUAUUAUCAUGGGAAGGAAUCAAAUCUUCUUGUACCAAGUGAGAAACUAAGAUGUCUAAACAAAGCAUGUGUCAUUAGAAAUGCUCAAGAGGAUUUGACCCCUGAUGGCAGUGCUUCAAAUCCAUGGAGUCUUUGUACUGUUGAUAAAGUUGAAGAGCUAAAAGCACUAAUCAAAGGAAUCCCAAUUUGGUUUGCAGGAGUCUUGAUGUCUAUAAAUGUAUGUCAAAGCUCUUUCCAAGUAUUCGAGGCAUCCUCUAUGGAUCGACACAUUACUUCAAACUUCCAGAUCCCUGCAGGCUCCUUCAACGUAUUUUUGGUUCUCUCUCUAGCAGCAACGAUUGCCCUCUACGAUCGUAUCAUCCUCCCCUUGGCAUCAAGAAUCAAAGGGAGACCAGUUCAUCUUGGACUGAAACCUAAAAUGGGGGCUGGAAUUUUUUUCUCCAUCAUGUCCAUGGCAGUACUUGCCAUUAUAGAAUCUAUUCGUCGUUCAAUCACAACGCAGGAAGGAGCUUCAGAUAGAACACAAGCAGCAGUUGUACAGAUGUCCGCAAUGUGGCUAGUGCCGCAUUAUGUCUUGCUUGGCUUGGCCGAGGCCUUUGGUGCGAUCGGGCAGAAUGAGUUCUUUUAUUCAGAGUUGCCCAAAAGCAUGUCAAGCUUGGCUUCCAAUCUUUAUAGAUUAGGGUUGGCUGUUGCAAACUUGUUAGCAAGUUUCAUAGUGAAAGUGGUGGAUGAAAGUAGCAAAACAGGAGAAGCAGGGAGUUGGGUUUCAAGUGACAUCAACAAGGGCCACUAUGAUUACUAUUAUGGCAUUCUUUUUGCACUGAGCCUGGUUAAUUUUCUCUAUUAUGUUGUCUGCUGCAAGGCUUAUGGUCCCCGCAAAGGAGAGAGCAAUCAUAAGGAUUUACAUAGAGAUCAUUUGUAAUGAUAUUUUCUUUUCAAAUGUAUAAUAUAAUUACAAGUAUAACACACAUACAAAGGAGAUCAUUUGGUAGAAGAUGACAUAUUGCUUCUAAAA